AGCGCAAAAAUUGUUAUGAAAAUAUUGAACGGCUUCUGAAAUUUAGAAUUAUUGUGAAUUAUGAUAUUGUCUUUUACUUAAUUCAUGUAAUUUUUACUCAUAUUCAUUCUUAUAGAUUUUUUACUUAUUUUCUUUGUUUUAAAUAUAGUGCGCUUAACAGUUUAUGUGCAAGAGUAAUGUCUAGCUUUUGCCAUUUGUUUUGUGACGAAAGACAAUAUUAUUUUAUUUGAUAUGGAAGAAGUGAGGCAAUUGGUGCAAGAGGAAGGUCGGGAAGCUAGGAAUUUGGUGGCUUUUCAUGUCGCCGUGGAUUCACCAGCGUCCAAAGUAUCCCGCAAGCCGCCCCGCUCGCUUCCGCCCGCGCCGCGCCCUGUUCCGCGCACGUCCCGCCUUCGCUCCGCGUCCGCGGGCCGCGAUAAGCGAUCCGAGUUACGGGCGCGGUACUGGGCCUUGCUAUUCGGUGAUUUGCAGCGGGCGAUUGGUGAAAUAUACAACACUGUUGAAGCUAACGAGAAUCUAAAUGAGUGCCAAGAAGUAAUCCUAGUUUUGGAGAACUAUACACGCGAUUUCAAAGCUUUAGCGGAAUGGUUCAGGCUGAAAUGGGAAUACGACAACACUCCCCCACCACAGAGGCCGCAAAGCUUAGCGUGGGAGAUACGGAAGACUGAUUUUGUUAAACCAGAACCGAGACGGGCUUAUUCGGUUAAGAGUUCUCCAACUGUGUCAGGCAAAAACAGCCCCUGCCUCUCCGGACAUAAUACACCGAGUGGUAAAAACAGCCCGAACCUAACGGGUAAAGCGAGUCCCGGAAGUGGUAAAAUUAGCCCAAGGAUUUCCUCAAGCCAUUCCAGUACUAGUCCAAAAGCGAACAUAGAGUUCUUUAGCAACAAAAUCAAUGCUUCUAAAGUGACAGCCAAGCCAGAGCCUAAAAUUGCUAAAGAACUUUCACGGCUUUCUGAUAUUAAAGAAAAAGAUAUAAAAGAAACAUGUGAAGAUGUUUCCAUUAUAAAAGAAAAUGGAGUAAAGGACAAAGAAGAGCCAUUUAAACCUAAAAUUAUUGAAAUAGGUCAUGCAAAAUUGAGCCCUAGUGCUUCGCCUAAAUUAGUGGUGGUAAAAUCUCACAAAUCCAAAACUAAUACAGAUACAAAAAAACAAAAUGAAGAUAUUUCCUGCCAGGCUAAAUCUACUAUUGAUAAACUGAACGCGAUGGAAUCGGAGUACUUACAAAAACAACUUGUUGAAAAUAAAACAAAGAACGACAACAUGCUUAAUAGGGAUUUGGAAAUUGAGCAACAGGCAAGCCUCGUGAAGGAAAACAAAGAGGAAAUCGCUGUGGACGAUAAAGAUAGAGAGUUAAAUGACUCUCCAACAAAAUCUGAAGAUAAUUUUGCUGAUGUUUCAAGCGAUAGUUCUCCAAAAUCCAUAGCUAACGAUAAAACAGCGAUUGUGAACGUUAAUGUAGAAAAUUCAGAAAAUAGAGACGAUAUUUUAAAUGAAAUGGAUAUUAAAAAUGAUUAUGAGAAUUCGAGUCCAUCAUGUAUUGAUGUAAAGAUGGAAAUCAGUACAGAAAGCAUUAUUAUUGUUACCGAAGACUUUAAUAUAGAAAAUAUCAACGAAAAAGAAACAAGCCUGAAUGCCACAACCAAUGAUUCACUUUCGGAUUAUAAAGAACUUGCUGAAAAGGAAGAAGCAAAGGAAGCCAUGGAUAUCAAAGUAAAAGAUGACUCAAAUCAAGACUCUAAAGAGAGUGGCAAUUCAAUUGAUAAAAAAGAUGAAACUGAAUCUGCCAAGGAUUCAAUAAAAAAUAUAGAAGAUGUUGCUGCACCAACAAAAUUAAAUGAACUAGAAAAAAACACCAGUAAAGAACAGGAUAAUAAAAAGUCUGAAGCUAAACCGACAUCUAAACCUGCAUAUUCCCAAGCGGCAGCAAAACCUAAAGCCAUUUAUAAUACUAAAUCUGAAGUGAAAACACCUAUACGGCUUGCACGAAGUUCAACUGUUGUUGAGAUACGUCCGCCAGUGCCAAAAGUAAUUCGCCCAUUUCAAAAAAAAGUACAGACAAACAAAUGCAGUUACCCCUUCAACUUAACUACAGGAAGGACUAGCUUAUUCGAUGCAACUCCUUCACCUAAUGUGAAUCGAGGGCAAGUGGUGCCAAGAAAAUCAACAGCUAGAAAUAUUCACAUGGGCGCAGGAGACGCUAAGUUAGUCACAAAUCGACCUAUCCUUAAAGCUAGAUCAAGACCCACUUCAUUGAGAGAUAACGAAAAAGGCGAUAAACGCGAAAAAGUCAGCACAUUCCUGGAAAAAGUUGGUCAUCGCAAAACUUCUGUCCCCAAUUCGGAAAUGAAUAGAAACGAGUCGAAUGAAAGUAUAAAAACUCUGGUACCUGAAGAUUUGAAAGAUGAUGAUGACGUUAAUUCUAUAGAAGUAUUUAACGUGGAUAGUAAGAAUGAUAAUGAUGGAUGGCUGACUGUUAAAUCAAGGCGUGAAUCAAAGAAACAAUCCAAAACCUAUUGGGCUAAUAGAUUCCGACAACCAUCUGCCACUGCAAGCUUGCCAACAUUAAACAUGCUAGAAUCGCCUAAAGAAGAAACAAAGUCAAUUGUUGAAUAUGAAGUGAACAAGACGGAUCGAGCAAAAUCUGAACAACCUCAAAAGAUAGAUAAAGAUAAGGAAAAGAAAACGGAUAAAAUAGUUAAAGUUGCAGCUAAACCUAAAAGUGAAGGUAAACAGAAAGAUCCAGCGAUGAGACGUCAGAAGUCCGAUGUGACUGGAUUGAAAACUCGCGUGUCUAAAAACAAGGUUCUUACCAAAAAGGCUGAGAAAACUAAAGGGGUACCAAAGGAAACGAAAAAUCGAUUACACUCCUCUUUAGAAAGUCUCACAAUGGGGCUGAGUCGAUCGCAAGAGAGCGUGCACGAAGAAUUUGAUUUCGACAAAUGGAAGGCAGAAUUCAAAUCGACAUUCAACUUCCUAGAUGACGACGAUCAUAUAUCUGACCACAAUGAGAUAUUGAAGUCCGCUGAUCCGUCUGAGAUGUCGGAGAUUGCGGAAAUGACGUCACAGAUUGAGGAGAACGAGAGGAAAAUCAGUCUUGCGUUGGAUUUCCAGUCGGAAGUCGAUCAGCGGAAACUUUGCGAGGAAGAAGAUCUAUUGAAUAGACAGAUAAUGGAGCUACAACAGGUUUCUGAUAUUGAAUUGGAUACGGAAACGGAUGAUACUGAGACAGAUGCGGAAAUCCCAUUAGAAGAGCCAGUCCCAACUCCUGUGCCCAUAUCGGAGAGCCUCGGUUCGCUAGCUGCCAGCCUAGAGGAUCAGUAUGAGACAGCCCUGGCCGGGAUGUCCUGGGCAGAACGAGUUGAUACUCUAGUGGUGUUAGAAGCACUGGUGGCUAGAGAUCCAGGAAGAGCACAGCAGUUACACGCGAAACUGUCGCAGGGUAUCAAACGGCGAGGUAGCCUACAGGAUGCACUACGGAGAUUGCAAGCGAAGCAGGCGCGAGCUGAAAGACAGAGGAUGGAGUUUCAGACGGAGAAAUCCAAGAGAAUACACCAAUUGCUGGCUAGAGUUGAAGAGGUUAAAGUGGCUAAAAAUCAACUGAUUGAAGAGAAGAAAUCCAGAAUGGAGAGGAGAUUGCAGAAGGCGGCCGAGAAUCGUGACCAGCACUUGAAGGACAUAGUGCGCAAGGCGCACGACGAGGAGGAGAAGCUGCGCGAGAUCGCGUUCAUCAAGCAGCUGGAGGCGGAGAACCGCCGCCACGAGUUCCUGGAGCAGUGCCGCUCGCACACCGCGCGCCUGCGCCUCAUGCGCCGCGACCGCCUCGCCAAGCUGGAACAAAAAGCGGCCCGAGAGGCGGCCGUCGGCGCUCGCCGGCAAGCGCUCGAAGCGGCCAGGAAGCUGCAAAUGGAGAACCUCAUAGAGAAGAGAAAAGAGAGAGACGCGAGACUUGAGGAGAUGAAGGAGCAGAAGCGGCAGGAGAGAGACGACGCGGCGAGGGAGAAGGCGGAAGCGGUGAAGUCGCGUCUGUCGGCGCUCGCCGAGGCGGCCGAGCUGGAGGCCGACAUGCUGCGCUCGCGCAUCCGCGACAAGCAGGACGCCAGCCUGCUGCGCCACUCCUCGCACCUGCAGGCCAUCCGCGAGAAGGCCACCGGCCCGCGCCAGCCGACUACAUCGGAAAGCCAAGAAAAAGAAAUGGCGGAGGAGUUAGAAAGAGAGGAACUAGAGAAAAAAGAAAAGGAGAAACAGAAAUCUAUUAAGAAGAAAGCUAGGAAAAUGAAACAAAAACUAUUGUCCAGUGGUUCCAAGAAAACAGUAUUCGAUACUCACGUUCCAAAUCAAAUCGAAAAGAUGCCCACUCCAUUCAUGAUUAAAACAAAUAAACUGGUCGGUCAGUUGAAUAAUGUGCUGCAAACCUUGAGAAGUGCCACUAAAAAGAUUGAGAAUGACAAUAAGAAGAAACCCAAGAAAAAUCACGAGAAAAAUGUGGAAAGCGAUGAAAAUGAUGAAAAUUGCAAUAACAAGAAGAAACCCAAACCGAACAACGUGAAAGCAGACAGCUGUGAAAAAGAAACACUUCAAAACGGCGAUCUCAAUGAAAGAACCGGAAAUUUGACCAGCACAGAAGUGCCGAAUGGUCAUGAUGAUGUCAAUGCUACUAUUGAUAAUAACAACGAUGAAACUUCCAACGCACACGUAAAGAGCAAGAAGAAAAAAGCUAAAAACAAUGACACGGAUGAGAAAGUGCCCAACGGCCAAGAACCAUCCUGCAGUAAGAAGAAAAAAAAUGUUAAAAGAGACUUAGAUACGGAAUCGUCGAGCAGCAGAAAGAAGAAGAAGAAGAACAAGGACAUAUUGAGCGAGUUGGAUAUAGAUUUCGACGAGGACAACAAAAAGCGUAGGAAGCGUAACAGGAAUCACGAUCUGGCCAACCUGUUGAGUGACAUCAGCAAGUGCAAGGGCCGGAAGGAGUUCAACACGGGUAUAGAUGCGCACAUUGUUGAGAAAUUACUGAACGAAUUGAAUAGGAGCGUCGAGAAAUUGGAAUCGGAUUCUUCUGAAAGUGCAGCGCUGCAAAGGUACGCCGCCGUGAAAGUGACCUACGAGCUGCUCGGUCUCAUCGCGGAGAGAGACGACGUGGCGGCGAUACUGUCUACCAAAUGCGUGAUGGUCGGCGUGACGCUGCUGUCACGCACGCUGACGUCGUGCCCGGUGCUGGGCUCGCAGCUCGCGCCCACCGACAUGUGCGUGCACCUCAUCACGCUGCUGGCCGACUUGCUGGAGAAGGACCUGAAAUCCGACCCGAAACUGAUGGAGCUUGCCAAGCAGAUAGCCGACUGUCUGUCGGUCUCGUUCGACGCGGUUCUGUGCACGUCUAGAAUAUUCGACGAGUCGCCCAGCAAGGCGCCGGAGGACGCCGAGUGCCUGAACAUGUUCCGCAUACGCACGCACCAGUUCAUCACGUAUCUCUGCCUAAGUGGAUGUUUAGAACGCGCGGAGAAGGCGGGCGAAGCGAGAGAGAGCAUACAGACCUUGUUGACUGUAUGCGCCGAUCUGUGUCAUCCAUGCGCUGUUGAUACUGGCAAGGAGCGCGAGGCGGCGCGGCAGGCGCUGAAGGGUGCGCUGGGCCCGGGCGUGUGCGGCUCGCGCGACGAGUUCUGCGGGCUCUUCGCGCGGGGCGCCGCGCUCGCGCGCUGCGGCGGCUUCGUGCGCGCCUGGGAUAAUGGAAUUCAAAUGGGACUCACUGUAUGUCCACAGGAGGCGUUCGGCGAAGGCGGCUGGCCGAUCGAGUUUCGCGCGGCCGUCGCACGGUUGCUGUCUCAGCACGCGCCCAACGACAAAGAGGCGCCUAGAAAGAAUACUUUACGCCUAAGCAACGAGAGAUUGGACCAGAGACUCUCGGAGACCAUGGUCCUGGACCUUAUUGUACUCGUAGGCUUCGUGGUGGUCAACAACCCGCAGCUACAGGAGGCAAUCUGCGAAGGCUGGAGUGUAGUGAAAACCCUAUGCACCCUGCCCGCCAACUGGCUGGUGUCCAGGUCUCGCAGUCACGCACUAUUGCCCACGCUGAUUGCUCUCUCGGAAUACCCUGCGUGUGCCGCCGCUAUAGCCUCUGAGCUUAGCAUGACGAUGCUCGAAGAAUUUCUCGACAAUCCAGAGGCGCAAUAUUUGAAACUCGUACAGGUUAUAAAGCAAGGAAGGGCUAAGAAACCUGGUAAGAAGUAAAAGAAGUUCCAUCGAGGAAUCUUUUCUUUCAAUUACAGAUAAUGUUUUGAACAUCUGAAACAUUAUAAUGAUGAUAAUGUUAAAAAUUGUACUUCAUUGACGCUGUGGUUUCGAAGAUAUUUAUAUUUUAAAAGUAUAAAUUGAGAGGCUUAGUAUUUUUCGAUACAGAGAAACAUUAUCUAUUUAUUUUAAAUUAUCUAUCUUGUAUGUCGUAUCAUGGAUUCUAAUAACCGCAGCUGUUAUGAUAAUUGUUAAAAUAAAACUAAACAAAUAUCUAUUAUAUUCUGAAAGUAAUGCAAUACCAAUAUUACAAAAAGUAAAUGAGAAAAUAAGCACAGAAUACUGAGACAGUGAUAUAACUAAAGAAUAUUUGAUGAAACUAACACUUUCAUGUAUUAUAUCGAUGUGAAUCAAAAUGGUUAUACUAAUAAAUUUAUGAAAUUUCAAAUAAACAGUAUUUGAGAUGUAAUAUUUAAAUUAUUAACUUUUAGAUGUUAUUGUGCAUUUUAGUUGACAAUAACGUGUAUUCUGCCAUCCUCUCAGUUAAAGAUAGAGAUUUCAUUCCAACUUACUUGAUAAAUUCUCACUGAAUUAAUUUCUAAAUAAACCGCAAUUUUUUUUUUUCAUAAUAUGUAAA